UAUUGAGCGGCAGAGAGAAUGAGAAAGAGCGCAGUUCUUGCUUGAGACCACUACGUUGGUGUACAAAGUUACAUUUUGGCGAAACGAAAGCUGUUAUGUUGUCCGUGCUACUAGUACUAGUUUGAGCAGAACAUGUUUUAAGAUACUAGGGGAAUUUUUACUUGUGAUGUUUCGCGGAACAUGGUAUGAGACGUGGUGGUGAGAAAGCCCGAGCAGUCUGCCGAACGCGUGCACCCGGGGAGAUCCUCGGGCACGGUUGUUGCUCUGCCCGGUGAAAGAGCAUUCGUUGGAGCGGCAUCGGAAAAAAGUUACGCACGGUGGAGAUUUUCCGUAAAUAAAAAUGAGAGUCCUUAUUUUGCAGCAUGUGGUCUUCAUCUCCGGUAUACUUUCUUCCACCGUUCUCGGGCACCUUCACACGACGACGACCAAAACGCGCAAAAAUCCAAUUCUUUCCGGCACUGUGAGCAGUAGCAGUAGCUCGUCCAGUCUGCUGCCGCCCCUGCCGAAGGGACCGGGACGGGGCCCCGACGCGCAGACGUUCGUCAAGGAGUGCACUGAGCACCUGAAAGUGGUGGCGGGAAAGAUUGACCACAGCUACACCGACGUGAUGGUGCGCGACGCGCUGGAGCACGAGUGCGCCCUCGUGCACGAGCAACCCCUGACGCACGAGCACGGGUUCCGCACGGCGGCGGCGUGUUACCAUUUCGCGGACGAGCUUUUCAAAGCGCGGAUGGAAUUCCUGGAACAGAACUCGCCGGACGGAUACAUCACGGUUUCGUUGGAUAAGUGUGUGUUUUUUAGCAUCGACGUUCGCAUACAUGUUCAUUCAUCAAGUUUUUCCAAUUCCUAUUUGUUCAGAUGCUUUUUGCCGCUUGUGGAAGUAAAUCGCUUUGGACUCGGAAGGUCAUCUCCAGAGUAAACGAGUCGCCGAAAAUGUUUUUUGUUCGUUGCAGCAGUAGUUCUUGCAACCAUAUUAACUGUGUCUGCAACACCUCCAGGUUUGCAAGAAUUAUUGGACUGCGACAUACGGGAAGCCGUAUAAGACGAAGGUUCACGUGAAGCCGCCCCCUACGCAGCUGGUGUGGUGGUGGGGCAUCGUCAUUUUCGUGGCCGGGUGCUUCCUCGUUUUCCUGACAAACCGCAACAUGAAAACGCGAUCGGAUUUCGCUCGUGAUUUUUCCCGCCGGAGCGGCCGCUUUGAAGCAUGAAAUGACACCGGAACAAGAGUGGAUCGUGCACACGACUAUUUUCUCGCGAGGAUCUUCGAUGGUAGGUUUUGGUUUCGAAUUAUUCUUUUCCACUGGAUGAACAAGAUGAAGAUGCGUGCCAAAUACACAGUGAAGACGAGCAUCCAGUUUCAGUUUUUCCACAGGUAGAACGUGAGACGGACGCGUGAAAGCUGCGUCUUAGAAUCUAAAGUAGGAAGCGGUUCUUUUUCUGCGGCCGGUUUUGCUUUAUUGCCUGCAGCUGCACCACCAACCUAAAGCUAAUAAACCGACGCAGCG